UUGUAAUCCGAAUGAAAAAUUAAUGCUACCGUACCUUGUUGUUCGAUGGCGCACUUUCCAGGAGUUGUUCAUGGAGCGAUAAGCAGCGGCAAGAACGACUGAAAGAACCUCAAAACCAACGAGUGACUUCGAUAAUGGGUUGCAGAUGGGUUUUCAGACAGUACUUCGGUAUAUGUUCGACGUUGCUAAGGCAGGGGAUGAGAAAGCAGGUGGUGGAGAGUGUCAACUAACAUUGAAGGGAAAAUGGACUUAUGGUUACGGCAGGGUGGUAGUGCAAUGCACAAUGACUUCUUUUGAAAAGAAGUACUAUAAGGGCUACUAUGAGCAAUUAUUGACCAGAGAUAGAACAUAUCAAGAUGGUGCAGUACGCACCACGGCUGCCCCUCAAUGUUUGCCUUAACAUUAUCAAACGCUUCAUGCGUCUUAUCUUUGCUCCUUGUAUUCAGAAUCGCAGCAUAGUUUGUGCGACUGGGAUGAAUCUAGAGCCUCAAGCGUACAGG